AGAAAAUCAAUCAUUAAAUAAAUAAAUACACAGAUGUAAAGGGUAUUUUUAUUUUUAAUGUGAAUGCAGCAUUUCAUAGGUCCGGUCUUCUGGUUGAAGUGCAAUAAAUUUGGUAUUGUGAGAGUGUUCAGAUGGAGAGCUGUUUGUUCCUGAGCAGCAGUGGGAGGUGCUCCUCCUCCUCCUCCAUCCUUUAUAAGCUACAGCAGCCUGAGCUGAGGUGAUGCUCUCUGACACUCUGCUGCGAAAAGCCCAGAGGAGUUCAAGAUGACGACAGGCUGUAUGAGGUCAGCGUUAGAGCCUGAACAUCAAGUGACAACACGAGACAGCAAUCACUACCAGGGAGCGAUAGCAAGCACAGCGGGCAUGGACUCUGAGAUCAAAGAUGAGGAGAAGGCUCUGGGCAAUGAACAUCAGGAGAAAGAUCAGCUGACGAAACCUCGCAGGAAAGACACACCAGUGCUCAACUUGCCUCCACAUAUACCAGGAGUAAGACUGAUGAAGGCCGAGAAGCACAUGGUCCACCGGGAGGACAACGAAAGUGACAACAGUGACUAGCUGUGUUAAUGCCUUUCUUUUCUUUGUUGUGUCAGUGAAUGAUUUUAUGUGUACAAUCUUAUUAAAAUCUUAUUUGCUUGAUGCGAAACGU